GGGGGCCACGUGGGGUCUGAUGGUGCAAUAUGGUGGUGCAAAGCCCGGCCUUGUGCAACGCACGAGUGCAAACUCUUUGUGCAAUGGCACUUGUUACACGAGGCCACGUGCAACACUACGGUGCAAGGGCCUCAUGCACCAGGUUGCCAAUUGAUAGUGCAAGGCCUCGUGCAACACAGUGUCCUUGUUCAAAGGGCUCGUGCAACACUAAAGAGGUGCAUGCACAAAGGCGUCGUGCAACAGCCUGCUUGCACAAGAGGUGCCCCCUUGUGCAACAGGCUCUUGCACGAGCUCUUGUGCAAAAACAGGGGGCAUUGUGCAGUCGCCCUUGUGCAAGAACAGGGAUCUUUGUUCACCCCCUCUUUUGCACGAGGGCACAUUGUGAACAAGAGCUCGUGCAACGGGACUUGUGCACCACCCCUUGUGCAAGACGGGUGCCCUUUGUGCACCAACAUUGUGCACGAGGACACCGAGACCUUGUGCAAUGGGACUUGUGCACCAGCCCUCGUGCAAGAAGGGUCCCGUUGUGCACCAACAUUGUUCACAAGGACACCAUCAUGCACAAGAGCUUGUGCAAUGGGACUCGUGCACCACUCCUUGUGCAAGAAGGGGGCAAUUUGUGCACCAAUAUUGUGCACGAGGGCACCGAGACCUUGUGCUAUGGGACUUGUGCACCAGCCCUUGUGCAAGAAGGGGUCCCGUUGUGCACUAAUAUUUUUCACGAGGACACCAUCGUGCACAAACGCUCGUGCAAUGGGACUUGUGCACCACUCCUUGUGCAAGAAGGGGGCAAUUUGUGCACCAAUAUUGUGCACGAGGGCACCGAGAGCUCGUGCAAUGGGACUUGUGCACCACCCCUUGUGCAAGAAGGGGUCCUUGUGAACAAUAUUGGUGCACAACAGGACACUUCUUGCACAAGGGCUGGUGCACGAGCCCCAUUGCACGAGCUCUUGUGCACAGUGGUGUACAAGACGGGUGCACCAACAUUGUACACACGAACAUCCCUUGUGCAGCAUCACUCGUGCAAGGCCACGAUCCUCGUGCAACAGACACUACGUGUGCAACAAAGACCCACUUGUGCACCAGCCCUUGUGCAAGAAGGGGUCCUGUUGUGCACCAACAUUGUGCACGAGGAUACCAAGAGCUUGUGCACGACUCCUCGUGCAUGACUCCUUGUGCAAGGGGGGG